GAUCGCGAAGCAGAGCCCGGGUAGGAGAGAAGAGAAUGGGACCGUGGGCGCUCGGCUUGGCUCUGCUGGCGCUGGGGGCGCUGGCGGGCGGAGUCCAGGGGGCCAAUGUCUGUACCACCCGGGGGGUGAGUUCCUGCCAACAGUGCCUUGCUGUGAGCCCUUCUUGUGCCUGGUGUUCAGCUGAGGACCUGGCUCCAGGCUCUCCCCGCUGUGACCUGAAAGAGAACCUGCUGAAGGAGGGAUGUGCACUUGAAUCCAUCGAAUACCCAGUCAGUCAAAUCACUGUCCUGGAAGCUAGACCUCUCAGUAAUACUGGCUCUGGAGAUAGUUCCAAGAUUACCCAAGUCAGCCCCCAGAAGAUUGAGCUUCGGCUGAGGCCAGAUGAUUCUCAGACCUUCUUGGUACAAGUGCGGCAGGUGGAAGAUUACCCAGUGGACAUCUAUUAUUUGAUGGAUCUGUCCAACUCUAUGCGAGAUGACCUGCAGAAAAUUCAGUCUCUGGGGACUAAGCUGGCCUCUGAGAUGCGCAAGCUUACCAGUAACCUACGUAUAGGCUUUGGGGCCUUUGUGGACAAGCCCAUGUCCCCAUACAUGUAUAUCUCUCCACCGGAGGCCCUCAAAAACCCUUGCUUUGAAAUGAAGACAAGCUGCUUACCCAUGUUUGGCUACAAGCAUGUGUUGACUUUGACGGAUCAGGUAACGCGCUUCAACGAGGAAGUGCAAAAGCAGAAUGUAUCAAGGAACCGGGACGCCCCAGAAGGUGGAUUUGAUGCCAUAAUCCAAGCUACGGUCUGUGAUGAAAAGAUUGGCUGGAGGAAUGAUGCAUCCCAUCUGCUGGUGUUCACCACUGAUGCCAAGACCCACAUCGCUCUGGACGGGAGGCUAUCAGGAAUCGUUCAGCCCAAUGAUGGGGAAUGCCACAUUGGCAGUGACAAUCACUACUCUGCCUCCACCACUAUGGACUAUCCUUCUCUGGCGCUGAUGACUGAGAAGCUAUCCCAGAAGAACAUCAACUUAAUCUUUGCAGUGACUCGAAAUGUGGUCAGCCUCUAUCAGAACUAUAGCGAGCUCAUCCCAGGGACCACAGUGGGUAUGCUGUCAGCAGAUUCUGGCAAUGUCCUCCAGCUCAUUGUUGAUGCCUAUGGGAAAAUCCGUUCUAAAGUAGAGCUGGAAGUCCGUGACCUUCCUGAGGAGCUGUCUUUGUCCUUUAAUGCCACCUGCCUAAAUAAUGAGGUCAUCCCAGGUCUCAAGUCCUGUGUUGGCCUCAAGAUUGGAGAUACGGUGAGCUUCAGCAUCGAGGCCAAAGUACGUGGCUGUCCCCAGGAAAAGAAGAAAUCUUUUACCAUUAAGCCUGUGGGGUUCAAGGACAGCCUCACCGUGUAUGUCACUUUUGACUGUGAUUGUGCCUGUCAGGCCCAGGCUGAACCGCAAAGCAGCCGCUGCAAUCAGGGCAAUGGGACAUUUGAGUGUGGGGUGUGCCUCUGUAGCCCUGGCUGGCUGGGCACCCAGUGCGAGUGCUCCGAGGAGGAUUACCACCCCUCCCAGCAGGAUGAGUGCAGCCCCCAGGAGGGCCAGCCUGUCUGCAGCCAGAGAGGGGAAUGCCUGUGUGGCCAGUGCGUCUGCCACAGCAGCGACUUUGGCAAGGUUACCGGCAAGUAUUGUGAAUGCGAUGACUUCUCCUGCGUGCGAUACAAAGGCGAGAUGUGCUCCGGCCAUGGCCAGUGCAGCUGUGGGGACUGCCUCUGUGACUCCGACUGGACUGGGGACUACUGUAACUGCACGACCCGCAAAGACAUGUGCAUGUCAAGCAAUGGGCUAUUGUGCAGCGGCCGAGGUCAGUGUGUCUGUGGCAAAUGUGUCUGCAUCCAACCUGGAUCUUAUGGUGACACCUGUGAGAAGUGUCCCACCUGCCCUGAUGCCUGCACUUUUAAGAAAGAAUGUGUGGAGUGCCAGAAAUUCAGUCGGGGCACGUUGUUUGAGAAGAAUACUUGUAGCCGCUACUGCCGGGAUGAGAUUGUGCCUGUGACAGAACUCACAGACACUGGCAAGGAUGCAGUGAACUGUACCUAUAAGGAUGAGGAUGAUUGCGUAGUCAGGUUCCAGUACUAUGAAGACUCCAGUGGAAAGUCCAUUCUGUAUGUGGUGAAUGAACCAGAUUGUCCCAAAGGCCCUGAUAUCCUGGUGGUCCUACUCUCGGUGAUGGGAGCCAUAUUACUCAUUGGCCUUGCCACACUGCUCAUCUGGAAGCUUCUAAUCACCAUCCAUGACCGAAGGGAGUUUGCCAAGUUUGAAGAGGAAAGAGCCAGAGCCAAAUGGGACACAGCCAACAACCCACUGUAUAAAGAAGCCACAUCCACCUUCACCAAUAUCACCUACCGUGGGAACUCAUAAUGGGACCCUUGCCAUCAGCAGAGCCAAGGAUUUUGGGUGUUUCCUACACCAUGUUUACAGAGGACUGUUGUAGGAUCCAGGAGCAGGGAAGGGGGGUGGGGGGGGAAUAUGAACAUGUG